AUGUCGUUUGAAUUCACGGAUCGAGCUCAGUCGUCGGUUUCGGCAGCGCUUCAGCUCGCCAAGGACCACUCGCAUCCGCAGGUCAGCCCUGCUCACAUCGCGCUGGCGCUUCUCACCGACGACACCUCCAACUCGCAAGGCGUCCAGUCCACCAACGAAUCAAGCCAGUCGCUCUUCAAGAGCAUCUGUUCUAAAGCGGGCGUCGACGCAAAGAUUUUUGAAGACAAGCUCCGCACCAAUCUCCGCAAGAUUCCUUCGCAGACGCCUCUGCCGGACGACAUCAGCCUCUCGAGCCCGGCGCUCAAGGUGCUGAAAGAAGCCGAAAAGCAGAAAAGCACUCAGCGAGACGCCUACAUCGCCCAGGACCACAUUCUUCUCGGCCUCAUCCAGGACAACACCAUCAAGCAGCUUCUCAAGGAAGCCGGUCUCGCAAACGAAGAGCUCAUCAAGACCGCCAUCACACAGGCACGAGGCGGACGACACAUCGACAGCAAGAGCGCAGAAGCAGGCUACGACGCCCUUGCUAAAUACUGCACCGAUCUCACUCAGCUUGCAGCCGAGGGCUCCCUUGACCCCGUCAUCGGACGUGAUCAGGAGAUUCGACGAGCGGUGCGUGUCCUCUCCAGGAGGACCAAGAACAACGCCGUCCUCAUCGGCAGUCCUGGUGUAGGUAAGACCGCCAUCGUCGAAGGUCUUGCCCAGCGUGUUGUCGACCGCGACGUUCCCCCCAACCUCCUCGGCAAGAUCCUCAGUCUCGAUGUCGGCGGCCUCAUGGCUGGUGCCAAGUACCGCGGCGAGUACGAGGAGCGCGUCAAGUCGGUGCUGUCGGACAUUGAAAAAAUGACCGCCGACGGAACGCCCUGCAUCCUCUUUAUCGACGAGAUGCACCUUCUCAUGGCUGGCCAGGGCAGCUCGGGCGGCGGCAUGGAUGCUGCCAACCUGCUCAAGCCCAUGCUCGCCCGCGGCAAGCUCCGCGUCAUUGGCUGCACCACCGCCAACGAAUACCGCCAGUACAUCGAAAAGGACGCGGCACUCGAGCGUCGAUUCCAGUCGAUUCUCGUCAACGAACCCACCGUCGAGGACUGCAUUGCCAUCCUCCGAGGCAUCCGCGACAAGUACGAGGUGCACCACGGUGUCCGCAUUCUCGAUUCUGCCAUCGUCUCGGCGGCCCAGCUCGCUAAGCGCUACCUCACUGACCGACGUCUGCCCGACUCGGCCAUCGACCUGGUCGACGAGGCCUGUGCCGACGUGAGGGUCUCGCGCGAGACGGUGCCCGAAGAGGUCGACAAACUCGAGAGGAAGCGUCUCCAGCUCGAGAUCGCCGUCCACGCACUGUCGCGCGAGAAGGACGCGCAGUCCAAGCAGUCGCUCGAGGAGACCAAGAAGCAGAUUCAGGCCAUCGACGACGAACUCGCCCCGAUCAAGGCGGCCUUCGAAGCGCAGAAGGCCAAGGGCGAAGAAAUCAACACAGUGCGACGCAAGAUGGAGGAGGUGCGCGCCAAGAUCGCCGAGGCGGAGCGUCGCUACGAUCUCGCCACCGCCUCUGACCUCAAGUUCUAUGCGCUGCCAGACCUCGAGACGAGGCUGCAGCAGCUGCAGGCCGCCGAACGCAAGCGCGAGGAGGAAGGCCGCGAAUCGGACAACAACUCCGUCACCGCCGACUCGAUCGCCGCCAUUGUCUCGCGCUGGACGGGCAUCCCCGUUUCGCGCAUGCUCGAGUCCGAGAAGAACAAGCUGCUUCGUCUCGAGCGCACGCUGUCCAAGGAGGUGAUUGGACAGGACGAGGCGGUCAAGAGCGUUGCCCAGGCCAUUCGACUUUCGCGCUCCGGUCUCGCCGACGCCAACCGUCCGAUCGCAUCAUUCCUGUUUGCCGGUUCGUCCGGAUCCGGUAAGACGCUACUCAGCCGCACCUUGGCCAAGUGCAUGUUUGACUCGGCCGACGCCAUGGUGCGCAUCGACUGCAGCGAGUUUUCGGAGAAGCACUCGAUCUCGCGUCUCAUUGGUGCCCCGCCCGGCUACGUCGGUCACGAGGAGGGCGGUGUGCUGACAGAGGCCGUGCGACGCAAGCCGUUCAGCAUCGUGCUGCUCGAUGAGAUCGAGAAAGCUUCGCGCGAGUUUGUGCAGCUCUUCCUCGGUGUGCUUGACGAGGGUCGCCUGCAGGACAGCCAGGGUCGCCAGGUGUCGUUCCGCAACACGAUCAUCAUCAUGACGUCGAAUUUGGGCUCUGCAUUUAUCAACGAGGCGGAGGACGAGGAGAUGACCGAGGCGACGCGCCAGCUCGUGAUGAACAGCAUCAAGGCGGCCAUGCCCACCGAGUUUGUCAACCGCAUCGACAGCAUUGUGGUGUUUAGCAAGCUCUCGCGCCGCAACGUCAAGUCGAUCGUGGAUGUGCGCCUGCGCGAGAUCGAGCAGCGCAUCCAGGCGAACGGAGGCAAGUCGAAGCUGGUGCUCGACGAUGCGGCCAAGGACUUUUUGGUGUCGAUUGGCUUUUCGCCCACCAUGGGUGCUCGUCCGCUCAACCGCUCGAUCCAGCAGGAGCUGCUUUCGCCGCUGUCGAUUCUGAUCCUGUCCGGCCGCAUCAACAUCAAGGACGACGAAUUUAUCCGUGUGCAGUUUGACCCGCACAGGAACGGCCUGGUCGUGUUGCCCAACCACGAGGGCAAUGCCAAUGGCGCCGACGAGGACGACGACAUGUCGGAUGACGACGACGAUUACGAGCAUGCCAAGAUCGAGGAGGAUCCGCUGGAUUAA